UACGUUGUUUUGCGAUGCUGACGAGGAGGCCCGUGCUUCGGAGGAUGAGGAGAGCCUCUUGCCACAUCGGUGCGACGCUGGCUGCAUUUUUCUGGCGGUUGGUCCUGUGGUGGUGGCUGGUCGUUUCUCUUCUCGUGCGGGAGGCUGGCGUGUUGCUGUGCGCAUCUGUCGCUGUCUCUGCUGGUAGGCGGCGGUCGGACGCGUCUGCGGGGUACUCGAAUUUGUCGGACGCCACCCUUGUGGUGCCGAUGCGGCUGACCUGUUGUGGACGCGGCGCCUCGUUUCGGUCCGGGACGUCUGGGCGAUAA